GUUGACUUUAAUCGUAAACGAAAUGCGCAUGCGCAUAGGCUCCAACUUUGAAGCCAGCCCCUCCCCCUUGUGACCAGGUAGUAGCCAUGGGCAAGCGGCAAUCCCGGCUUCGUCCAGAAGAACUUGAGGAGCUGAUCAAAGCCACGCACUUCUCUCCCAAGGAACUGAACAGAUGGUACAGAGGCUUUCUACGAGACUGCCCCACAGGAACACUGACAGAGCAGGAGUUUUGCAGGAUAUAUGCACAGUUCUUCCCAUUUGGAGAUCCUGAGCCUCUGGCCUCACUGGUGUUUAGAGGGUUUGGUGCGAGGGGAAGUGGGGAGGGAGGAGGGGGAGGGGGUGGAGUUGUGGGGUUCCCCCAGUUUAUCACGGCACUCUCUGCUGCAACUAGAGGCUCUACUGAAGAGAGACUGGCAUUGUUGUUCAGACUGUAUGACAGUGAUGGGGACGGGAGUGUGGAGAGAGAGGAUGUGGAGAGGGCAAUGGAGGCAAUGCACAAGAUGGUGGGUCCACUCUUGAUCCAGGAGAUGACAGAUGAGGAUGAAGGAAAGGUGACACGUGGGGAGAGAGGAACCCCAGAUGAACUGUCAGUAGCAGCAUCAACAAGAGUGAAGGAAAUUUGCAAAGUCCUCAAUCAGAAUGGUGGCUCUACUGAUGGCGAUGGAGUGAAUCAGGAGCAGUUCGUGGAAGCAGUCAAAUCUGACCCAGACAUGAGCCUAGCUCUGCAGCACCAACAACAACUGCUAAUCUAAACACAUUAUAUACAACCACACCACGCUGACACACACAAUACUUUGGC